AUGCGCGCAGGUGAGGGCGGCGGCCAUCGAGCGCGGGACAGCCCGGCGCUCGCCGAAGACCAGGACCAGGAGACCGCCGAGGGCCACAGCCAGGCCCUGGACGCCCCGCUCCCGCCCCGCGACGAGCCCCUCGCACAAACCGGACCUGAGCGUUUUGUUCGUUCGGCUCGCGUGAGGCAGGGGCGGCCUCUCAGCACCCGCCCGGGGGACCGGGCCGAUCGCCACGCAGGCACCUGUCGCCGCCGCCGCAGUACGGGUCGGAGAGACUGUGCGCCGCUCCCCGGGGACAUCCGGCUCCCAUCCGGCCCCGCCCGCCCUGCCCUGUCCUACCCACGGCUCAAAGGCUGGCCGCUUCGAUUCGAUAACGAGGGCCGGCCGAGCCAGCUCCGCCGGGUGGCGUAG